UCAGCCCCGUCCAUCUCUUUAUCACCAGUCAGACCUCCAAAAUUACGCAGCUAAGACGAUCACGACCGAGUGUCAUUCUUGAGUCUGAGUCUUCUUCCAGUUCACUAUGGGUGGUCCAGGCUCAGGAGGGUACAAAAACAAACCAGGUGACACCGAAACUCACUCAGCAUGGGACAUUAUCCCUCAAGAUCCAGAGGGCACUCAGAAGCUUGCGCAGGUACGAUGCAAGUACUGCAGCAGAGAAAUGGCCCAGCAUACCUCUCGCCAGCGUGUCCACCUUCUCGGCUGCCAAAACUACCUUGACUCCAUGAAAGAACAAGGCAUCGAGAACAGCAUUACCCGUCAAGCCGCCGAUCCUCAAGCAUUCUUCAAACGCUCGACCGACUGGGCGCAAAAGACCACAGACACAAAGGCUCCAAAGCUUCCCAAAAUGGGCGAUGUUAGCACCGCUGUGCGCAUUCAGGCAUUGGCACUGGCAGAGGCAAGCAUCGCGUACGACCGCAUCCAGGAGAUCACCGGAAUGGAGCCAAAGGUGAUUACUGGCCUCCGACGACUUGCGCGCGAACGAGGCUACAAUCCAAGUGACUCCAUGCAGCUCAAAGAAGAAUACGUCCUUGAUCCUCCCAGCGCACCUCGCCCUCGCGGCCGACCACCCAAGAAGAGGAAGCCUGAUGCCGAGGUCGACCCUGCCUUGACCAACAUGCAGGAGGGCUCUCGGCCUCAGAGUCCCAGCUACACCGGCACCCCCCCCAAUAAUCGUAGCAAUCUGCCUCCCGGGCAGUGGGAUUUUAUCGCUCCUACACCACCUAGUGGGUACACUAUGACUUAAAUGUCCAUUGGAGGUCUUUGUUCUGUUGGUAACUGUCCUUUGACGGAUUACCUGACUCAUGACGUCCAGCGAUAGUUCUGAUGGGAAGGGCAACCCACGUGCAAGGCGCAAGUGGCUGAAGGGGUAAGGUGUACGGUAGGUAUUCAAGCCUCAGGUUCCGGUCCAGGCGCUCAAAAUCAACGCCCUCGAGGCACGGAGUUACCAUGGGAAGUAUGUCUACUGAUAAUACUGGAGGAACAAUGUAUGAUUACGCAGGAAAAGGAUCCUCGUGGGAAAUCUGUGGUUUGAGACAGUGCAAGACUGACUUCGUCGUACGCUUCGACAAGGGAGACAAUUCAGAAAGGACCUGUGAAAGCACGCGGUAGCAGAGCAUAACGGAAUAGCAAAUAGCUAAUCAAAGGGAAAUUCAACGUUCA